CUGAGCUCGUCUUGGCUCGGCUCGGCUCGCCUCACCUCAACUCACCUCACCUCUCUUCGGCCUCGUCUCCGUCCUUCCGCCUGCGUAGAGCCGCCCUUCCGUGCCGCUCUCUCCCUCGACCCACCGCCAUCGUCGCCGCCGCCGCCGCUCCCGACGACCAGACUCGCCGUCGCGUACGAAGUACGACGCUCCAUCACAGCCUCAGAGCCGUUCUCAGGCCAAGGCGCAGCGCACAUCCCGCCAGGCGUCACUCUCCCAUCAAUCCUACCCCUCCCAACCACCAUGACGGUCUCGUAGAGCUGGCGCUCCGUGGCUCUUUCUCUCCCAAGACAAGCCGACAGCCCUGAAGCAGCAGCUGCUCUGCUGCUCGUGCGGCUUCUUCGUUUCAUUGUCGCCUGCGGGCCACCGCUGCCAUCUUCUGGCCAUCUCCGUCGACGAGCCAAAGCCAUGGACUUUGUGCAGUCGACCGCUGCCGAGUGCGAGCGGCUCAAGACGCCCUCGUACCUGGAGCUUAUUGUGUCCAUCUUCAUCCUGAUCGGACUUUUGAUUUCAUACCUGCCCCAACACUAUCGCAUCAUUUCGCGCGGGACAUCUGAGGGCAUUUCCCCCUACUUUGUUCUGCUCGGCACCACGUCCGCCACCGCCGGCUUCGCCAACAUCCUGACCGUCCCGCCUUCACGUGCUGCCAUUAGCUGCUGCAAAGAGCUCGAGACGUUUGAGUGUGCCGCCGGCUUGCUGGGGGUGGCUCAGCUCGGCAUGCAGUGGCUGUGUUUCGCGCUCAUACUCGUUCUAUUCCUCAUCUUUUUCCGUUAUAGAGAGGCAAAUGUUCCCCAGGAAGAGCUAGGCGGAGAGUCACCAAAGUGGCAAACGGCCGUUGCCGUCGGCCUGCUCUGUGUCGUCCAUGGCCUUAUUGUUAUCAUCGUCACGGGCGUGUUUGCCAUCGCUUUGCCCAACCACCUCACUGUGUGGGCCAACACCCUCGGCGUCAUGGCAGCUGGCCUCGCGGCCGUUCAGUACGUCCCGCAGAUAUGGAUGACGUACCAUUUGAAGCACGUCGGAAGCUUGAGCAUCCCCAUGAUGUGCAUCCAAACACCUGGAGGAUUCUUGUUCGCGGCCAGUCUCUAUGCGAGGCUCGGGCCCGAGGGCUGGAGCACUUGGGCGAUCUAUCUUCUGACGGCCGUGAUGCAAGGCACCGUGCUGGUUCUCGGUGUGUAUUAUGAAAUCGCGGCACGCCGAUACGACGGUCACAGCGCCGAGCAUAGCGUCAACGGGCCACAUCCCUCGGCCGAUGGCACGGCCGCGGCCCCCCGCCGCCCGUCUGCCAAUCGGACUUAUUCGGAAGGCUGGGAGCGCGGCCUACCUGGUCCCUUCACCGGGCACCCGGAGCGCUACGCCGAGACGGAAGAAGAUCUUGAUCACAUACAGGAGCGCGAGGAGCGGGCCAUUGCGCGGGAGAACCAGCCGCUUCUGCGUCCCGGCGGGAUAGGCAACCCCCGCAGAAACUAUAAUUCUACCCGCAACUAAUCUACCCUACCGGUUUAGAGUUAGUUGCGGGAGGAAGAUCAGGAAGGCGGGUGAGGCGGAGGAGAAAGAAGAGGAGAAGAAGAAGAAGCGAAGACUGGGUUCCUUUCUAUAUGUCUAAUUAGCACAUUUAUCAUUAUCUGGACAUCUCAACAAAGCGUGUGUUCUUGCAUUGAUUUGUUGAGUUGCAACUGACGAAUUUCCGAGCGUUUGGCGAGGGACAAGUAUUAUCAAACUCAACCGCGUGUCGAUGCCGGCAACCCAUGCAAGUGUAUAGCUGCGGGUAGCUCUCUUUGGCAGUCGAGAGGGUGAGCUGGUUGGUGGUUCAGCGCAAGAAUUCUCGUUCGCGCAUGCAAUUUA